AAGCUAGGCCAAGGUUAAGCUUUUUUUCUGUUCUCAUCAAAGUCACUAAACUACCUUCAAGAUUUUAUAGCCACCUUUUUAAACCAAAUUCUUCAUUCUAACUAGAAAGUGAAAUCAAGUGCAUUCAAAUUCUCACAUUUCAGUUUUACAAUCUUCUUGAUCUUUUGCAUUCAUCUCCAGCAUCUCUGCCUCUUCAUCAAUGGGGUCAGAGCUGCAGGAGGAGCUUAACGCAUGCCUGAGGAAGCUGAAGCGCCUGCCUAAACCGUCCCCUGUUAAUAUCAAACAUCAGUCGAUGGCCUGCAUUGCAUCAUGGGAGAAACUGGAGCCUGAAAGUGGCCUGGAUGUUACUUAUAUGUAGGAAUACUUUGUUUAAGGAUGGACCAAGGAUCAAUGCUUGUCAUGGUUUUGAUCAUCAUUUGCUGACGAUGUCACUCCCCUUCUUUUUUGUCUUCUUUAGUCCCUUUGAUGAGGAUACCAUGUUGUACCAUGGCCCACAGUGUCAAAUCACUUUAUCUCAUUCCCAUUUCCAGCACAAACAGAGUAAAUCGCUGUCUCUACAGCUACAUCUCUCUACGUCAGAUGGUGACACGAGUCCCUUUAGCGAAAAUGUGGGGAUAAGUUUGAAGAGGGUGGAACUUAAACCGGGGCCUCCACAGGAACUGCGCGUUAUCUCCUGCACAGCUACUGAGGUGCGACUGAAAUGGGGGGAGCCAGAGGCGGAGGUCAAGUCAGGAUUGUUCCAGGUUUACUGUGACAACGUUCUGCUGGAGACCACCACAGAACUGGACGACAGUGAGAUCGCUGUCUCCCAGCACUACAUACACAAUAAGCAUUUGUGCGAUGGGUCCAGGAGACACAAGCAGUUCUCGGUGCAGCGUUACUAUUCACACUGCAGAUGGACAAGAUCACGCUGGGAGUUGUUGUGUUGGGAUGCUACAAGCUCCAUAUCUUUUGGUCAGCUCCGGCGGUGCCACUAUACGCCUCAUGUCAUAUGAGCUACGUCUGAACGGGUGUGUGGUAUACUUAGGCAGAGAGUGUGAGCACACGGCACGCCAUCUUACCACCAACGGUACACCUGCACGGUGACAGCCAUCACCUCCAGGGGGCACUACCAGAGCCAGGCUGUCACUAAAUGCACUGCCAAGAAUGAAAAUGUAAACAUAAACAGGCGAGUUAAAAGAAAUUCUGUUGUAUUUCAGUAUAUUUUUGGAGAGAGAAAUGGCCUUUACUUUCAAAUGAGAACUUUGUCAUUGAGGCCAUUUUAAAAUAUAUAUAUGUAGCAGAAGGCCAAAGGUGGACACCUGACCCUCACACCUAUUGUUGGUUCUUCCCCAAACUGUUGUCACAAAAUCAGAAGUAGAUGAUUGUAUAGAAUCUCUAUGUACACUGUAGAAGUGUCCUUACUUUGUUCCUGCAUGACGGUGCUUCAUUGUGAGCUCCUUAAACACUUGGUUUGUCAGGGUUGAAGUCCGAGAAUUUGACUCACUCCGACAAAACCCCAGUGAACACCUUUGAGAUGAACUGGACCACUGACUGCACCUUAGAUCUCCUCGCUUGACAUCAGUGUCUGAUCUCACUAAUACUUGUAUGUCUGAAUGAUUAAAGUUAACCACAGCCAUGCACCAACAUCUAGUGAAAAGCCUUUCCAGAAGA